AUGUAGCUGCACUUUAUAUGCAGUGAAGAUUAUGCACGACCGGAUACAAAAAGCUGCUGAAUGUUGGCUUUUUAAUGUUUGAACAUCUAUUAGUUAUCAGGAUUGAUAUUCACUAGUCAAAUAGCAUCUAGUUCCUAGUGUUAAUGCCUAUGACCAUUAUCUAGUGGUUAAUAAUUAUUCCAAUCCCCACAGCAAAUUGAAGGUAAUUUUGGACGGAAAUAUUGUCAACAGGGAUGCUGAACAAAGAUUAAAGAAGGUCAACGUCUUGAGAAGAAGGUUGUGAAAGUCCGCGGUUAUGUAUUUGGACUUAUCUAGUCCCUUGAGAUCCAAAUCCGUAUCAAGCGGAUCUAGAUUAGAGGUGGGUUUGAAAUGGGCAUUAGGCCUAACAUGUGGGCACACGCAGAUACUUUGCAAUAACUUGGACAUGCACAUUCUAAGUGAUUCUCAGAGGAUCCGUAUGGAUGUCCAAUCUGGUCCACAUCUCAGCCAUGAACUUCAAAUAUUUCAUUAGAACCAUAUUUCAGGCUUCUUUAAAUUUCUUAGGCAUUCACCAAAUACUUCACUAACUUCGUCGUUCGAAUUGUGGACUUAGCUUAUCGUGAAUCUUCUUUAUUGGUUACCAUUUCCAUCCACUAAGGAACUUGGAGGGAGGUGGAAUUGACACACCACUAUUGCUGGUUUUUUGGCAGUAUGAGUACCAUUCGAUCGACUUGUUUGGCUGUUUUCCUGCUGGACCUUUUAAAUCUGUUUUCACUGAUGAACUUGAAGGAUCUGGUCUAUAAGUCUGAAAAAAGAUAAUUGAAAUUAAUGCAUGGAUUGGAUUUUAUGAAGAUUUAAUAUUAAUGCUUUUAUAAUGUUUUAAAUUUAUUAAGAAUUGGGAGAUCAUUUGAAAUCCAUAUUUUUCCUUUCAGAUCCACUUAUAAGUUCCAGAGUUCGGGUCAAUAAGUUUCACCAUGUUGGUGGACUAAGGAUUAGAGAGGUCCGGGAAUGAUGAGAUGGUGGACACCGAAUUUAAUGUCUUAUCUUAAUGAAGAAAACAUGGGUUUCUUCAGGUCCCCACCAGCGGGCGUCGAAUCCUGACUAUCCAUCACUGGAGCCAACGCUCAGAUUGACAGGAGCUGCUCCUGCAGGUGACCCACCCUGCCCGUCUUUCACAGGCACCUAAAUAUAUGACCAGAGGGCAACCACAAGGCCGUUGUUCCCUCUCACGUUAGGUGAGAAGUCGUCUUCUGUUCUGCUCCUGUGCUUCUGCCAAUCCAUUCUUCAAUCAACCGAUAACACCAACUUCACAUAUCUCUGUACCAUGUGAAGUGGAAGCAAAGGCACCAACAUCAUAAGUAUGGCGCAGCAGCAUUCAUUGAGUCGGUCUUUCAUGUACAGAAGAGUUUCCAUGGAAACCCUCCCAUCUGAGGCACCUUCGCACCAGCGAGUGGAGAUCGAUACUAGUCGGCCGUUCCGGUCGGUGAAAGAGGCCGUUGCCCUCUUCGGCGAGCGCUUCCUCGUAGGCGAAGUGUACGCCGAGAAGCCGGCCGCCUCCGCUGGCAACAGUAAGUCGAUCGCAAUCAAACUCGACAGUCCCGUCAGUGAAGUUGAUCUGGCUUUGUCACUCCAGAGGCUGGAAGCAGAACUGGAUAAGACCAAGCUAGAGGUUAAGAAUCUCAAGGAGAGAGAGUCCGCUACCGAGAUGGCGGUCGCUUCACUGAACCACGAAAUCAGGGAGAAAAUGUCGAGAAUCGCUGUCAAUGAGGCUUCAGCAGUUACCGUGCUGGCAGCCAAGAAAGAAAGAAGUCAUGAUGCUGCUCUUUACUAUGGCGACUACAACGAUAUAAGCGACAACGUUGUUGGUGAGGGCAGGGAUCUGAAUGCUGGCAUAUCAUAUAAGAGAAGGCAAUCUUUGGCUGAGCUACUAAUCAUGCGUGACCAAGAAGAAGAGGAAGAAGGCGACACUAUACAAUGGAGACAGCAAAACAGGAAAUUAGUGAAGAAGAAGCCAAUCAUUCCUCUUGUUGGCGACGUGCUUCACAUAAAGAAGUGGACGAGCAGACAAGGAUAAUUCUGCCGGCAUGUUCACGUUAUAUUAUGUGGAAGCUAUAUUCGAGUGAAACAUGUGUAGAAUUUGAAGUAGCUUGGACCAUGUAUCAUGUGAAAGAAUCCAGGGGGAAAGGAAGGGGUUUUCCUUUGAUUGGGGUGUUGAAGUUGGCUUGAAGACUGUAACUACAAUUUAUUUAAAUUGCUUUCUUUGUCUGUACUUUUGAAUAAUUCAACUAAAAGUUCCCAAGUGACUGUUA